GACCCGCUCAGGGCGGGCGGCGGCAGGCGGCUGGGGCCGGGGCCGGGCUGCGCCUGAGGGGGGCCGCUCCCCCAGCCCCGCCGCGCUCCGCCCCGAGGGUGGCGGCGGCGAAGGGCGCCUGGAAGCGUCCGCUGCCGGUGGCAGGCGGCUGCAGCGGCGGCCGGAGGGGUAAACAAGCAUUGGAUCCAAAAGAUGUUGCUCCGAGUGUCAGCGAACUCUAAUUUUGGCAGAACUGCAUGAAUUGUACAGCUAGCAACUCUCUGCUGAACAUACUGAACUUUGAGUCUCCAGAAGAGCGUGCCAGUAACAAGUUUGGCCAAAGGUGACUUUUUAUACAACCAGAAAUUUUAGUGAAGGAGCCAUAAAGAAAGAGAAGCCUGAGAAGACUGACACUGUGAGAACAGGAGCACAAGGGGAAAAAAGGGUUUGAAAGAAAAAAACGUGGUGAUGAACAAAAAGUUCAAGAGAGAAAAAAGAAAGCUAAGCUCAAGAGGAGAGAAGAGAGGCAGAUAGAUGGAGAUGAAAAUCAUCCCCAAAAGCAGAAGGUACCAGCUGAAGAACAGCAGUGGCCAGAGAAUAUGCCUGAAUGGGAAGAAAGGAAAUCCCUGCUAGCUCAGAGAAGAGUGGAGUCUGUCAGACUGCUUACAGUCCUGUUAAACCGUGUGAAAGAUUUUGUACAGUUGGCAAGUCAAAAAGUGGAUCCUUCACUGGGCGUAAGGAAGGACGAUUCCUUUUCUGAAAGAGCAUUAAAAGACGUUCAUCAGGAACAGAUUAACUCUCGUUGUAAUACGCAAAAAGAGUUGAAGCAUAAGGAGGAGUUUAAGUGUCAAUUAACCCAAAAAAGCAGCAGCUUAUCUAGUGAGGAAGGAGAUGUGACUAAGUUCCAUGCGUCUACUUCUCAUAUAGUCAGGACAAUUUUAAAUGACCCCAGUACAGCCCUGAGUUCUGACAGAUUGACUGGCAGAGAUGUGCACAACUCCUUUGGCUGUGGAUCUUUGCUGAUUACAGUUACCCAAGACUGCAAGGUCAUCAAAUCUCUGGAUGGAAGGGACUGCCCAACAUUGAAUGUAGUUCACACGCAGACAGUGUCUGAGGAUGGUUGCAGAAAGCAAAAGGUUUAUGAGACUGAUGAAUUCAUUAAUUAUUUAUUAAAUUACUACCAGACACCAAGCUAUGCACGUGUUUGCUUAGAGCCAAAAAAUUCUGCAAACAAGUCCUGGUGGAAGAGAGUGGUGUCUGAUGAUGAUAGUGGUUUCCACAUCAGUUUGAGUAACAAACACGGCCAGCAUUUCAGAGAAGUGAGUCUUGUACAAAACCUCAACAAGAGAAAUUUUAUUAGUGAUGAUAAUUAUAGACUGGUGAUCACAGUUGGGGAAUUGGAAUCAACAGACACAGUGUUGAAAAACAAGGCCUAUGCAAGUCAGCUAGCAAAAAAGUUGCAAGUACAGAGGAAUGAGACACUCUCUGUUGAUUGCUUACCAUAUGCUGGACUGAAUCAUUCUUUGGAUUGGACUACCGUUACUCAUGAUAAGGAGCUCAAUCAAGAAGAUGGUAGAAAUGAAGUUACCAUACCAUACAAAAUAUGUAGAUCCGCUUGCAAAUUAAAGGAUUUGUUGGAAGAGAUCAGUGAUUCCGAGUACUUCAGUGAGGCGUGUGGUGGUGCAAUGAAGAGAACAGAAAGAAGGUGUGAAGAAAUGUACAGCAAUUAUGAUAAAGGGUGCUUGCCUACAAGAAAGAGGGAGAGAAAAUUACUGUUUUAUCUUAAAAAUGUAACUCUGGAAGGUCAAGAAAAGGAAAGCAGGAAAUGUGACUUCUGUUCUAAUUCCGCCCUUGAGGGCUUGGCAAGGCAGUGUGAACACAAGCUUAAAAAGUCAUGCAAGAGGUCUAGUAGUAAGUUAAGACAUGAAGGACAGAAAAGUGAGAGACAAUCCAGGGAAGAGGAGAGAAAUACUCGCAAAAUGAAGAAAAAGAGAAAAAAGCUUUCUUCUAAUCUUUUAUCUGAUGAAUGUGGCUUUUCAGAGGUGGACAGUUGCAUACAGCUGGAGUCACUUAGAAAGAUACAAAGAAAAUGUAAUAAAGCAUUCCACAACAAAGUGAAAUUCAAGACUCUUCACACGGCUGUGGCAGCACCAGACAUUACCACUUCUGAUGGCUCACCACUUCAAGAGACUCUCCAGAGCCCAGGAGAUGAGAGGAAAUUAAUGUUGAGAAGAGAGAUGGAUGCAGAUGUCAGAGGAUGCCCUCUCUUUCCUCUUGAGAUAAUUCAGACAAACCCCUGCUCAGAUUCUUUCUGUGGAGCAGAGCCCAGAAGAGGAUGCUGAACAGCUACUAAUAUAAUAGCUCUUAAGCUUCUGUGUAGAAGUGGGAGAAGAAAGCCCUUUAGCCGUUAAAAGUUAUUGGAAAUACUGGGGCUUUUUUUGCUUAGAUAAUUCCUUCAGUCCGAAUAAUCUAAGUGGUGUAGUUAGCCACAAAACCAGAAUUUUUAUUUGCUUUUUGGAUAAGAGGACCAAAUUUUUCCCUAGGGCCAAACAAACUUGUAUGGACCAGUUGCUAAGAAUUCGAAGGUUUACAGAUUGAGAUCUCAGACUUAGUCUGAUUAAAGGUAGGCAACCACGUAAAUGUCAAAGUUACAGUAUUUAGUAGUAACGAGUCUGUGGAAAACAAACAAACAAACAAAACCCCACAUGGAGAUAUGUAAGUCUUAGAGCAAACAUACAAAGUGCCUCCUCAAUCAGAUUGUUAAAAUGAUGGGACUGGAAGGAGUGGGGGACAUGUGUUCUCAGUUGUGGGGAAUAACAGCUUCCCAAAUAUGAAAAUAUCCUAUCUUCUGAAAGUGUUUCUGAAAACUUGUCUUUAGGAGAAGGGAUUUCACAAAGCUUUUGUUAAAUAUAGUGCUUCAGAAAUCUGAAUGAUGAUCUAAGCAGAGUUCUGAAUGUUGGACAGUAAAAGGACAACGAUUGUCAGCAUGCUGACAGCUCACACACGUGCAGGCUGAAAAUUUGUUCACAAGAUUUCAAAACCACGCCCUUUUGAAGGCACAUGCAGUGAGAUAGCUAUUUAGUACAAGUUAGCUUACAGAAAAUUCCAGAGGAAUUGUCUAAUGUUGUUAAAUUUCUGCUGCAUGGAGGUAAAAAUGUGAAAACGCAGUCUAGGAGCUUGAGUUAUAUCCAUAUUUACUCAGCUGGCUAUAUUUAGAAGACAGACACAAUUGCUCUUGGACAAAGUCCCUUAGCAAGAUAUAGAGGAUCGGUUCUAAGUACAAUACACUGAUUAUUUCAGCUUUCAUUUUAGUAUGCUUAAUUUAUUACAUGUCAAUAUACUAAAUUAAUGUGAUGAUGUUGCCUUUCUUUUAUAGCAUCUUACCCAUGUUUGUAACUUCUGCUCUAAUAAAUUGUAAUUAAAAAAAAAA